AUGUGCUGCGACUAUGUCCCAACUGUUUUCGACAAUUUCAGUGCAAAUUUUGUCGUGAAUGGAAGCACAGUCAACUUAGGUUUAUGGGAUACUGCAGGUCAGGAGGAUUACAAUAGAUUAAGACCACUGAGCUACCGCGGGCCAGAUGUCUGUAUUCUUGCAUUUUCUCUCAUCAGCAAGGCCAGUUAUGAAAAUGUUGCCAAGAAGUGGAUUCCUGAACUAAAGCAUUAUGCACCUGGUGUUCCGAUAAUUCUUGUUGGAACUAAACUCGAUCUCCGAGAUGAUCAACAAUUCUUUCAAAAACUAUUAGUCAUGCAUUGCUUCAUUUUGAAGGGAGAGGAAUUAAGUAAACAGAUAGGGUCUCCUGCCUACAUUGAGUGUAGUUCAAAAACACAGCAGAACGUGUAGGCAGUGU